AUGGGAGCCGGCAUGGGAAGAUUCUUCGGGGAGCUGUUUAGGCUCGGGAAGGGGAAGGAGCAGCGGAUAGUGAUGUUGGGUCUCGACAACGGUGGCAAGACCACCAUCCUCUACCGCCUAAAGAUGGGCGAAGUGGUCAAGACUACACCCACCAUCGGAUUCAACGUGGAAACGGUACAGAGGAAGAGCAUCACAUUUUCGGUGUGGGACGUGGGAGGCCAGGAUCAGGAUUGUGGCGCCACUAUUUUUUUGAACACACAAGCGGUCAUCUUCGUGGUGGACAGCAAUGAUGGAACUCGACUGAAGGAGGCCAGGGACGAGUUGUGGAAGGUGCUAGAGUCUCCAGAACUCACCAACGCCGUCCUUCUCGUCUUCGCCAACAAACAAAUAACGUCAGGGCUGGAGCUGGACAAGAUCAGCUCACACCCGUGGCAAGUACAGCCCACCUGCGCCACGACGGGCGAGGGUCUCGAUGAGGGCUUUGACUGGCUUGCCGAGAGGAUCAAGGAGAAGAGAAAGUGA